UAGACAGUUUACACGUGGGUGGAAUUUAAUGUUUUAAACGCAAAGCGGUUAAUAUCAAACUGUUUAACAAAAUCUGUUAAAAAUGCAAAGAGCAAAUCGGCCGGAAAAGAUUCUUGUCAUACGACAAAGUUCAAGAGAGAAUUUUAAUGAAUUGCGACAAUACUGGCAAUCAUUAACACCCAGUCCAGAUCAAAAGAGCAGUUGUGGUUCAGGCACUCCAUCAUCUACAACCAGACAGUCGCCUUUCUUUUUCAACAUCGAUAUUGAAUGCAGCCGCAACUCUCCACCGAACCGCACCGACCCCGAACGCAGCCGGGAGGUAUCGCCAAAGCAUCAGGCGCGCGAAAAUUGGUCCUCCAGAAUAAUGUGGAAAAGUUUGCAAACGUCAUCCAUACAAUGUAGUCGUGCUUCAAAUAGCAGAAUUGGUGCCAAACCAACCCCGAUCUCAUUCUUUAGUUCUACGUCACCAACAAUGGCGUCAUCAUCAUUCCAGCGAAACUCGGCCAUGCGGUCAACUUUACACGAGUUGCCCGGUAGAGGUUGGUCCUCUCGUGCAUCAGAGAAGAAGACAAAAGAAAGUUCCGAAAAUUGUGCAUCGCGAGAAAGUUCAGAAAAAAAGUCGCCUUUUGUUCGCAACUCUCGACGGACAGCGAGUGCAGGUUUUAGACGUUCGAGCAAGAAAUUUAUUGAAACAUCGAUCGCAAAACCAGGUUUACACCAAAGUAAAGCAAUUGACACCAGCGCUGAUAUAUCGGCUGUGAAGGCGAAGAAAGCUUCGUUAAAACUCGGUUCUUUAAAGAAGAAAAUGAGCAAGGACAAUUUAUUUCAAAAAAGCUCAGAGAAAAGGGAGACACCAACGUUUACCAUCGAAGAAGAUCAAGCUCCUGCAGCAAACUAUGCCGACAAUGAUGAAGCCGGCUUGUUGUUUAUUAAGGAAGACACGGGACUUCCUGGGAAAAUUGAUUAUGAUUACCUCACAACUGAUGAUCCGUUCCUUAAACGACGAUCUAGAAGUUUCUCGAAGGCUGACCUUUAUAUGUAUGAGAAACGUCAAGAGGCAAAUAACGCAAAGCUAUCCACGGCAGAUGACAGCUACAAUCGUCGCAAGUCUUUCGAAACCAACACAAGCUCCAAGAAAAAUAUUCUUCAGAAAGCAGCUGGAAUUCUUGACCGAAGUGACUUCCUACGUCGGUUGUCACCUGACCGUAGAAGAUCUCCCAAAACAAGCACGGAGAAUUUAACGGAGCAGAAAGAAAGUCCAACAGACAUGACAUCUGUGGCGUCCAACAACCAAUCUCCUUUCGUGAGAAACUUUCUGCGUAAAAGUAACAUGGAUGGUGCGCAUGCAGAAGAGAAGUCGGCGUCUGCUGACGAGAAGGAUAAACAACAAAAGAAGUUUUCUCCGAGAAGAAGUUUACGAAAACUUAAACCUAGGAAGACAAGCGCUGGCGAGCGAAAGUCGCCACCUUAUGUUCGUACAUCAAAUGACAAUCUUACGACGCAGAGCAAAUGUCAUGGAUGUGGGUUUGUGUUGGAGACAGGAUCCGAUCCUCACAUGUCAAUCAACGGUGUUCACUACCAUAAGGAUUGCUUCAAAUGUCGAAAAUGCGACGCUUCACUCACGUUAAAGACCGCCCGUCAAAACAACUUGGAGUCGGAUUUACCGCUGGAUAUCAAAGGACCAGUCACAGCAGUGUGGAAAAGUCUGCAAUUCAAGUCAAAAUCGACAAGUCAGCUGCCCAGCCCUUGUCGGGGAUUGCGCAGUCACCGGAACUGUCCAGGGCAGGAGUGCGAUAACCUGGUGUUCACUUACAAGCAAGACAAUUUAAAACGAAACCGAAGCUCUAGUCAGUUCGACAGCAGUCCAGUUUGCAACCGACUUCGCAACAGGCGGGCAGCUGUUUCAUCCGGUACAACAGAAGAUCUCGGAGAAAUCUCACCAGGAAUCGCUGAUUUCGUGGAACUUGACGAAAACGAGAUGCCUGUCAAGAAAAACACCUUAAGAAUUACUGCUAGGUUUAUCGGAUCGCUUCAGAAACAUUCGACUCAAAGAGUGAAGGCUGAAAAAGCAGCCGCGGCCGCCGCUUUGGCUACAUUGUUGACAGAUCCUAUCAGAAAAGAGUCUGAUGGAGGUAUAUUAUGCGAACCAUGUUCUGAAGAUGACAGCAACAGCAAAGUUUCAGAUGCAAACAAGGCCGAUGACCUCUUUGCAAUGUUGGAAAAAAUGCAGGGCACGCGAAUGGACGAACAAAGAUGUUCUUUUCACAUCACACCGACUCCUGAAAUUCAGCCGGACGCACCGACUCCAUUGUACCCAUCCAUCAACGAUAUCCUUCGACGAGGUCCCCCUUUCGCCCAAGUAAUUCCUCCACCCCAAGGCGGGUAUUGGGCGCAAGGGUUUCACGCUCAAUCUCGCCACGUCACCUCUGACCCCCGCACCUUAAAACCCACCCAAACCCCAGUCAGUUGUCGUUUACAACGUGAUGAAGUGACGACGGCGUACCGAGACCACUUUGUUGGAAAGGAGCAUGUCAACAUAUAUGCGUAUGAUUAUAACAGCGAGAACAUCGGUUCGAUCAUUAUGUCGGUGAAAUAUGAAAGUGUCGCUGAAGGAAGCGACCUUGGUCAACACAGAGUCUUAUUAAGAUGUCGCCACGCUUCGUGGACAAAAUGUUUUCCUGUUGUUCCCGAGAGUGGUGGGCCUGUACAGUGGGCUAAGAGCAUGUGCGAAGAUAUCACUGUAGAUCGGUUUUACCCAAUCGUUUGCCCGAACGUGUGGCAAUCAAUCAUACAGUUCGACGAGCAUUGUGUCAACUCAUCACAUAAAUUCGGAGUGCUUUACCAGAAAGCAAGGCAAACCAAAGAAGAAGAAGUGUUCGGGAAUUGUGAGGAAAGUCCUGCCUUUAAAGAGUUUCUUGACUUCUUGGGAGAUAACGUUGACCUGCAGGGUUUCGGUGGUUUCCGCGGUGGUCUUGACGUCAACCACGGCCACACUGGCCAAACCUCGGUACACAGUCACUUCCUCGAUCAGGAGGUUAUGUUCCACGUAUCUACCAAGCUUCCAUACGUCGAAGGUGACAGACAGCAGUUGCAACGUAAGCGUCACAUCGGUAAUGACAUAGUGGCUCUUGUGUUCCAAGAUGACGAAACUCCCUUUGUCCCAAACAUGAUUACGUCUCACUUUCUACAUGCGUACAUCGUCAUUCAACCUAUUGAUCCAUGCACUGAAAACUGCAGAUACAAGGUAUCCGUGACGUGUCGUGAGGAUGUGCCAGAGUUUGAACCACUGUUGCCUGAACCUGCUGUAUUUGGACGGAACGAACAAUUCCGUGACUGGCUCUAUUGUAAACUUAUGAAUGCUGAAUGGGCUUGUUGCAAGUCUGAACAAUUCGCAAAACUUCAGUACAGAACUCGUUCGAUGCUGUUGGACCAACUUCAUGAUGAAGUAAACAAAGGCACCGAGUUGAUGUUGGGACUGACAUCUCAGUCCGGAGGAGACAACAUCAGCACUUCGUCUGCAUCAUCGGAUACACAGAAGGAAGCAAUCGGAUUUUACGAAACUUUUAAAAAAUUGGCCAAAAAUAAAUCGUUUGACGAUGUCAAUGGUAGCCCAACAUUACACCACGGCAAAGGAAGCUCAGAUAAACUAGUUUCUGAAAAGAAAUGGGGUUUCAAAAAGAAACAAAAUGGCAGUUUCAAUGUAAUUGGAUCGAAAGGAGACACACAUGCGAGCCACACUGUACAAGACAGUGGUCAUGCGUCAGACGUUGCGCUUCACAAAUCCAACCAAGGUAGUGUGAACUCACUCAACGAAUCUCCACAGAAAAAUAGACAACUCCGAUCGUCUUCGCCCUGUCAAUCGUGUGGAAGUUACACAAGUUUAGAUUCAGAUACUGGUCUGGAAAGCAUCGCGUCAUCGUCAAGAACCGACUCCUGGCCACGACCCAACAAACAUACAGCGCUCAAGAAAUCGAACAGUAGCACAGAACGACACAGUGCUGCCAUAAUAGAAAAUGGGGCGGCAGAAGACAAUGCAAAUGAAGUUAAUGAAAUGAAGACUGAAUUGAAAAAAUUAAAACUUGAAAAGAGUGAUUUCAGUGCGCAGCAACAGGAAAUACUCCGACUUCGAGAUGAAGUGAAACGACUUAAAGAUAAAGAUUCCACCCACAAGAAAACUGAUAUUAAUUCAAACCCGACUUUACGAGCUCUCGCCGCAACUGUUGCCACUACCGAAGAACAUUUGGUGUGACGUCAUGAUUCAAAUCAGUAUGACGUGUAAACUACGUCAUAUUAACAAACCAACAACGUUCGCAAGCCAAGAGUGUUGGACUUAACUUGAUCAACUUUUAUCGACUUGCGGAUCGGACCACAACAAACAAAGAGAAGAAAAACUCUUCCUUUUGUCUUCAUCGAGUCAUUUGCGUUAUCUGACGUCGUUUUGUCCACGUACUUUUGACUGUGAAUCAUGUAAACUGAAUAGUAAUUAUAUAUUAAUGAUAACUGUAUUGUUUAUAUUCCGUUGUCUGCCGUUGCUCGCUGUCUCCCUCAAGAACGUCUCCCUUUCAUAUUUUAUACAUUUUGUUAUUUAAACUGCUUAUGUUGUACCUGAUAUGAGAGUUCAGUUUGCACGGCAAAUCGUUCCUAUGUUUCCUUUUUGUAAAAGAAUAUAUUUGAAAAUGUGGGUGUAGAUUUCUACUGCAUUUUCAUCGCUGCUCACUUACAUGGCUCACAACAGUAUUCUAUUUUCUUUUUUUACCGUACAAGCCGCGUAUGGGCGUUAAUAAAUCAACAAAACAGAG